ACAUUGAAAGAGACCACUAAUAAUGAGGAUCAUUUUGAAGGUGAGUGUACAAAAGAAGCCAUGUUCAUUCACUAAAUAACACAAUGCAUUUCAUUUUCAUUUCUCUCACUACUUCUUCUUCUUCUUCAUCAUGUCUUCCAAGAGAGUCACUACUCUCAUGCUUCCCAGAAAUUUUCAUUUCCACCCCUCUCGUUCCCACAAACUCCUCCCCUAUUUCGGACUUAUACUCUUCUGCAUCUUCAUUUUCAAGGUGGACAUCAUCAUAUCUCAAUCAGCCUCUGCGUCUCGACGUAAUCUAGAUGCAACAAGAAGGCACGUGCACACUUUGAUGAUCGGAAAUGGCACGUUCCACCGGAACUUCAUCGUGUCGUGGGGCGAAGGGCACGUCCGGGUGGUCGACGAAGGCGAGGAGCUUGUGCUGAUGCUCGACAAAAAAUACGGCGCCGCCGUCGAGUCAAAGAAGGAAUACUUGUUUGCCAGAAUUGAUAUGCAGAUCAAGCUGCUGCCGAGGAACUCUGCCGGAACGGUCGCAACUUAUUAUUUAUUAUCGGAUGGCGAGCAGCACGACAAGAUCGAUUUGGAGUUCCUGGGAAAUUCGAGCGGCGAUCCGUACACACUCCACACCAACAUCUACAUCAAGGGCAAAGGCGAGCGAGAGCAGCAAUUCUUUCUUUGGUUCGACCCCGCUCAAGAUUUCCACACCUACUCCAUUCUUUGGAAUCCCAAAUGCAUCAUCUUCUACGUGGACGGCCUUCCCAUUAGAGAAUUCAAGAACGCAGAGCAUCUAGGCGUUCCAUUCCCUAAGGAUCAGGGAAUGCGAUUAUACUCGAGCUUCUGGAACGCCGACGACUGGGCCACGCAGGGCGGCCGGGUCAAGACCGACUGGACCGCCGCGCCCUUCACGGUUUCCUACCGGAAUUUUUCUGCCGACGGCUGCAUCUGGUUCUACACGAGGCGGACUUCUUCCUGCACUCACACCGACUUCUCGACCAGAGCGGUGCUGAAAACAGAGCUGGAUGAGAGGAGCAGGGAGGAGAUGAAGAGGCUGCAGAGGGACUACAUGGUCUAUGAUUAUUGCACGGAUCAACCAAGGUUCCCUCAGGGCCCUCCACCUGAAUGCUCCAUUAAUUGAUUACACUUUUUUUUUAUUCUGCUCCAUUAUUUUCAUAUUUUUUAAUCUAUUAUACGAGAUGCUUCAUUGUUACAUUUUGUGUAAAACUAUUGAAUGCUUAAGCCAGGGAGAAUGAGAAUGGAGUGAAAGAAUGUUUUUAUAUAA